AUGGCAACCCCGAAUGAGCGAAUUGUGCAAAGUGAAAUGGACGAAGCAUCCCCAAGUCCAUCAAGCGAUUCCGCAUUGGCGUUCGCCCAAAACUAUCGCAAUAACAACCAGUGGGCACAUAUCAUGCUACCGGCCAUACGAUCGUACUGUGCGACCGCACAAAUCCCACAUUUGGGUAACCAAGACAAACUCGUCGCAGCGCUCCAAGCGCAAGGCAUAAAGCCAAUCAAUGUGCUCCAAAACACAGCACCCAGACCUGGAGCCAGCCCUUCUGCCGCCAAACUUACCGCCAACAUCACCAAAUCGCUGCUCCGACACAGGGCGGAUUUUCCGAAACAAGCACAGGGAGAGGACUUUGAAGUCUACCUGCGCCAACUGGAAAUCACAUUCAGUCAUGACGGUACGUCCAAUAACACAAAAAUUGACUGCCUGAUCGGGCACACGACGCCUACAGUCACGGCGGCAGCCCAACACCUCUACGACGAGGGAUAUCACAAUUACGAUGACAUUGCCGACCGGCUCAAGAUACAGUUCGGACUAUUGCCCUUCAAACAUUUCACACGAUUCCUAGCCCAACGGCCCCUCAAAGAUGAAUCAUGGGCACAAUUUGGCAAUUGCCUACGUACAUCCGAUACUUACCACUCAGCGCAACCGACCUACCCGGUCAAGAAAGAUCCAUCACCACCGCCCUCAUUGGUUAACUACUGGCAAUCACCACCUGAGGGCUCCACGCCCACCUAUACUCCAAGGCGACAGCCGAUUGAACCCUCACAUGGGUCAAUUGUCUUGCGUACAGGGACAAAUACCGCUGCAUGCACCCCAACACUCCACGUGCAUCACCAGCCCCGCAGAACACUCAACAAGGCAACCGCCAACCAAAAACCACGGCGUCCGGAGUACAGAAGCAUUACUGUGACCACCACCAACAGUACGUCCUACACACGACCGCCAAAUGCUUGCUCGGGCAAAACCCAAGGCCCAACACGGCCACUGGCAACCAAUCACCACAAAACCUUCAAUUGUAUACCUACCACCCAGGUCGCCUUGUCGCACACUCGACAGCAGAUUGCCGAAACAACCCGGCCAACCAGGUCACACGGCAACCAAUUGCCCAAACCAGGGAAACGCCAAGAUCGGGCAGUGACGGCUGUCCUCUGCUCGAUCCCCCAAGAUACAGACAACAGCCUAACAAUCAUCAUCGGCAUCAAGGACAAACGCGUCACAGCACUGAUCGACACUGGAGCCACCAGGUCAUUCAUGGUGACCAACGUCGCAGCCAAAGUAGGGCUCACACCCCAUCCGACAAAGGCGAAGAUCUCCGCAGCUGUCUUACACAUCUCCGCCAACAUCAGCCACUUGGUAGUCGCCCAUCUACUCGCCAAAUACAAAAUCUUCGAAUGGUCAGGGAAGCACGGACUGUUCCCCCAACACGUCGCAUCCAUCCCAAUGAAUGGCCAAGAUCCCGAGCCACCAAGGCGCAUUCGACUGUUGCCUGACAAAAUACCAGCAAUGACGGAAAUCCUCGCCAACUACACCAGAGCCGGCAUCAUCGAACCGGCGCAGUCCACGGGCCAGACGCCCUCAGCCGAAUCCAGCUCAACAGCAUACAACUCCGCGACGUACCCAAUCCUGGGCAACGCGCCGACAUCAUUGACCAAUAUCAGGUUCACCUGGCCUGGCAUGCGCACUGACAUAUUUCAUCAUGUCAUACAAUGCGCUAAAUGCUUCACAUUCAACUCGGCAACGGCCGCAGUGGGUACCAAACUCAUACCUGUUCCGCCAGCAAACAAACACAACCGACUCGGAGUCGACUUCUGGGGCCCAUUCCCCCCAUCAACAAACAGCAACCAAUACGCAAUAGUCGCUAUCAACUACUACUCACGCAGAGUGGUCACCACACCCGUCAAACGCGCAACGGCGAAUGCCCUAUGCAGCUUCCUAGCGGACGUUUUUGCCCAACUGGGCACAUUUGAAAUAAUCCAUUCAGAUGGAGCAGAGGUCUUCAACUCAGCGCCAUACAAAAGGUUUAUCACCGCAAAUCAAAUUGAGUCACACAUCGCCCAGCCAUACCACCCCAAAGGCAACGGCGCCUCUGAGCAAGCAAUCAAAUCCCUGUCGGCUAUCAUAGCAAAGACAGCACCAACCCCAACCACUUGGGAUGACAUCUUACUCAACGCAGCAAUUGCAUACAACUGA